CUCCGCUCCCUCGCAAUCCUAAUCCCCUCGUCUCGCUCCCCCCGUCCUUACCCACCACACUCACUCACAAUGGCUUCCGGCUUCGGUAACAACGGCGGUCCUUCCCGCUGCUACAACUUCUGGCAGGAGGUUCUCGGUUGCUACGUCGUCAAUGGUGGAGAGGGUGAAGCUGGCAAGAAGAAGUGCGUGCCCGCUCUGGAGGAUUACUACGAGUGCCUGCACCACAAGAAGGAGGCUCUCCGCACGAUGAAGAUGCAGGCCGCCUACCGCAAGGCUGAGGCCGCAACCCCCCGUGAAAACGCGCCCAAGGCGGAACAGAUUCGCAGUCUGGGACUGCUAGGGAAAGAGGAGGAAGCAGCGGCAUUUUUGGCCAAGGCUUGAGGGAUGAUAUGCGCAUAUCUGGUGCGAAUACGUAUUGAUUUUUUCCAUUGUCACUAAAGCUAUGCUGUUUUUCCUAUUUACCCCUGUGGAGUCCUUCGAUGUAUAGAAAUGGACAGUUUCAUUGAUCAA